CCCUUGUGGCACAAAAAGAGGAACAGAGCUCAGAGGCAGCCUGGUCUCAGCUCCUGCACAAAAACCACGUCCCCUGCCCCCUGCAAUGGGUCUGACAAAGCACUGGCUGAGCUCUGCUGCAGAGGAAGCCAACCCAUGUAGGCACCAAGGCUGCUCUCUGCACACUCUGUUUUUCUGCAUUAGAGCUGGCAAUGACCCACAUUCUGUGCUGAUCUAAUUUGCCUUUGAUCAGUGCUUCGUUUCUGUUGGCAAACACAUCCUUUCACUCUCCUCAGGAUCUCUGCAUUUUUAUUAUAUCAGCGUCCAAAAGACAGAAAUUUUAAAUGACAUACAAGUACAAAGUUGGUUGUGAAAUUGCUGGUGAUGCUACUGAGCUGUAAUUUUAUGAAAGAAUGACUUAAAAUUGUUUACUCCUGUGAUGAUGCUGCUUGUAAGUGAAAAUUCCCUGGGCUCUUUCUGCUAAUGUGAGUAAAGAAGGUGCAACUUUCUUAUAGAGAGAAUAUCCCCACAGGAUUUUGUAUGUUAAAUGAAAGCACAGAAGAAGAGUUCUGCAUUCAGUUGAUAAACUGGGGCAGUUGACAAAUCCAGGGUGUUGUUUUUUUGUCAUUAUCUUGCUUACCCAGAACUGCAAUAAAUACUAACCAAAAAUGGUAAAAAAAUAUUCUCUUAAAAUUAAGGAUAUUCAAUUUUUAGAUACUUUAAUUUCCCCUACCAGUGUCAGAAGGAAGCUUCACUUUUAAGUGUUUUAGGUGGGCUGCAUGUCUUGCUCUCUAUGCAAUUCUGUGUCAGGUGUCUUCAUCACCAGGGGCUUUAUUUGGCCCUGAAUUGAUUCUUUGAAGGGGUACAUGGACCAGAGGUGCAGAACCACUUGUAUAACUGGCAGCUAACCAUUCUGGGUUCUCUAUGUACAGAUAUCUAGGUUAGACCUAAAGCUGUGGAAGAUCAGACAGCUACAAAGCUGAGCUGGGUAGCACUGCAGACCUGCUGGCCCUGGUGCAGUGGAGGCUGUGGGAGAGAUAAACUCAAGGCAAGAACAAAAAUGAAGAUAUCAUCAGUCUGGUCACUCUGACUGAUGAGAGAAGAUGUAACAAGGACAGUGCUGGUGCAAGAGAAUGUAACAGGGACUUGAUAACCAAAAAGAUUGUGUUGCUAAGGGAGCAGAGGCAAAGGGGUUGAGUGGAAAGUUUUGUAUGGAUGUUAGAGAAGUAACUGGUGGUUAGUGUAAUAAACUGGCUUCAUUUGCAUAGCAUGGUCCGUGUCCUUCCAUCACCCUACAAAGAUGUGCUUUUCAGAAAUUAAUUAUGAUGAAGAAGAAAAUGCUACAAGUACCAACCAAGCAAUAAUAAGCUUUAAACCAUGUGAAGGUUGAUUUAGCCACAUAAUGAUUGCAAACUUUCCAGGACAGGCACUGGAGUGGGUACCUGCACCUACCAGCACCUGCCACCACUUGUUUCCAGUGGCACAUGCAAAGUUCUGCAAUUCUAAAACAUUUCCUGCUUAUAACACCUCCUAAUAUUCACAAUAUCACAUUUAGCAGUUUCAGCAGUAAAUAGAGAAACAUUUGUUGGGUUUUCUUUUUUCACCACCUUUGAUUUUUUUUUUUUUGAUCUCAGAUUAAUUAUCAUCUUCUCUUCUAUUGUCAAAUAAUAACUGGUUACACAAUAACAAGACUAGAAUGUCCCGUCCACUUCAAAGCUUUCAGACUUGCAGUGCUUCUUUCUGGGCUCAAAUUUCAUCCUGGACAUAAAAUUCAUUUGCAAACAAUCCGUGAUGCAAGAUAAGGUGAGGCAGGAGCCUGUACAGGUGCCUCUGACUUCAUGGUGUGAGUGCUCCUGCACUGAGAGCACUGUGAGUUGUGGUGGUGUCCUCACACUCUUGUGGGAAUUGGCACCUCCUGCCUCUCCUGUGCCUUCCUGUUGGGCUGAGUGACAGUCCUCAGCAGGCAAGAGGAGUGUCAGGGGAGCACAGCUCCGUGCCUUGGACUGUGGGAGGAUUGCUGAGUUUCUGGCUGCCUUCUCCCUGCUCAGAGUAUUUCCCAAGAGAAAAACUUCUUCCUGGCAUGGCGAGUGGGAAGGCCUUAAAUCUUGAACUUUCUAAGCUUUUCAAUGAGAUGUGGGAUGCAGAUGUCCACCGCCUCAGGCCUGGGAAAGACUACACCAUUGAUGUGCAGGGAAAAGCAGGUCCAGCACAGCCAGGUGACAGUGCUGUCCAGGACAAUGCAGCCAGACAUCUGUUUCAUAAUGUAAAUGAAGAACGCCUGAGGAGCAUAAAAACUUUUGCAACCUUUAUUUCUUUAUUGGACAACUAUGAGACAUCAACUGGUGUAGCAGAAGUAGUGACUCCAGAAGAAAUAGUUGAAAACAAUUGUUUCCUUGAUGCUGUCUUAGCAACAGAAGUCAUGAGACUAGCUCAUGCCUAUCUGCUGAGAAAAAACCUAGCAAAGCCAAACCUUGCUGAUUUCAAAGGUCAGCUUUAUAACAUCUGGUUCCAGCUCUAUGCCAGGAAAACAGGAGACAGACCUGAUUCUUGUGGUUUUGAACAUGUUUUUGUUGGAGAAACAAGGCAUGGGAAAGAGAUCUUAGGUUUGCACAACUGGGUGCAAUUUUACCUUCAGGAAAAGCGUGACCAGAUUGAUUACAAGGGAUACGUAGCUCGGAAGAACAAAACCAGGCCUGACAAGGAAGACCAAGUUUUGAGCAUCCAGUUCAGCUGGAAGGGCUCAGUGAAGCCAGUUGGAAGCACCUUCAUUGGUGUCAGCCCAGAGUUUGAAUUUGCCCUUUACACAGUCAUUUUCCUGCUGUCUGAUGAAAGAGUCUCACGUGAAACAGUGAAGAUAGAUGAGUAUGAGCUACAGGUGGUUGUCUGGCGCCAUGGGCACCACAUUGGAACAGCAUACCCUGUACUGCUCAGCACCACUGAAGACUAGUGGAGUGAGCAGGAAACUUUGCUUUUUAAAUUGGGGGGAAGGAGGAGUGGUGGAGAGAGGAGGAAUGGAUGGGGGGGUGGACAGGACCAGAUAAAAAAGUUAAUAUGUUGUUUUAUCCGACUCAUUCCAAGUAAAAAUUGAUGACUCUGUCUCUUUUGUUCUGCAGUGGAGUAUUUAAUCAGUAGUGUGCUGUGACACUGAGAAAACAUGAAAUGUAACUCCUGCUCACAUUAAAUUUACAUCUAAAUUACA